AUGGAGAUGGGCCAGAGUGGGUUGAUGUUUCCAAAGUUGACAACUAGUCCUCUUCGUAGGUUUCAGUUACUUGAUUCUGAUUCUGAUUCUGAUGAGCCUGUAAGUGAAGAUGUUAGGGGUGGCCACAAGAUUGAUCCAUGCUUCAAGGAACCAUCAUGUAAGUCAAGCGAAUUUGUAACUUCUUUUGACCAAAGUAGAAAAGCAUCAAUUAGGAGGCACCAAAAUCAGGAUCUAUGGAAAGAUUUCUCUCCAGUGAAGAGCUUUUCAAUUCCAACACCUGCACUGAAUGAGGUUUGUGAAGAAUACUUCCGUUCUGCAAUGGACAAAGACGUGGAAACACCAGUAUCCACAAGUCACAAUGAGAGCUUGUUUGAGUCCACUAGCUGUCAAAGGAAUGAACAAAUAUGGAAUUCAGCUUAUCCACCUCCUCCAGCCCAUCAAUAUUUUUUCCACAAGGAUCCAAGAAUUAGGCAAUUAGUUCGAAGUCGCCUGUGCAAUUUUUAUCCGCUAGGUGUUGACAAAGUGAACCACCAACCUAACGCAUCACAUAUUGAUUACAUGGGACAAUUUGGCAAUGGAGAAGCUUCCAAAAGAAAGGAAGUUCGGAAUGGUUGUGUUGAGAAAAGUUCGACUAGAGGAAGAAAGAAACCAAAAGAAGUGGCUGUUGAAGAACUGUUCAUGCUUCUGGGGGCUGGGUGGGUGACUCCGAAAAUUAAUUCUUCUUUAGGCGGUGGGGAAUCUUCUAAGAGGACAGCAGCCAAAAGAAGUAAAACAAAAACUUCGUCAAAGGGAAAAAGUAAAGCAAACAUGCCUGCUUCUUCAGAAAUCUUGCAUGCUUCUGCAAAUUGGGUGGAACCAAAGAACUGUGCCAACAGGCCGAAGGAUGCAGGCAGAAGACGUGUUCAAGCAAAGGGUAAAUCUGUGGGUCAUUGGUUUACGGCACCAGAUGGAAGAAAGGUAUAUGUCACCAAAGAUGGGCAGGAGUUGACAGGCCGAGCUGCUUAUAGGCAUUAUCGGAGGGAAAGUGGAUCAGGAUUCAAAAAAUCAAAGAAGGGAACCAGUGCCAAGAAGAAAACGAACUGAAUCUUAGUGUAAAGCCGUUGGUUCCUGUCUGUCUUUCCCACAUCAUGCACAUUAGUCAUAGAUCUCAUGGCAAGAUUUUGGUUCAAUUACCACCGGCUUCUUUUUAUGUGUUGAGGAAAUUGGCAAACAGCUAGUUAACACGCGCGGAAUCUGAUUCGGGGCUCUUGUUGCAUGGUGAAGUGACCGAGAUAAAAUUCACACAAACAAUUCCCUGUCAUCUAGGGCCAUUUGAUGUCGACCGAAUUCCCUAUGCCGAGUUCUUCUAGAGCUACCCAAGUGGUUCUGUAGAUUCUAGAGUUGUGGUCCUACUGGUCAACAGUGCCCAACAAAGAUGGACCAAGGCCCUAGAUUGUCUGAAAUUUCUUCUCAUGCAUGUAUAUUUCCAGAUGUGGACGUCUGGGAUGUUGAAUUUUCCUGAUAAUCAUGAAUGUUCUUUGCAGUUUCAA